AUGAAUAUUUUUAAGAAAGGAAGAGGAUUAUGCUAUUUAAAUCAAAUUGAUUGUUCUUUCGAUUUUAGAAAUAAUAGAUUCUUUAAAUUAAUAGUUCCUACAAUAUUUGUAUGUCUAUUGAUCUAUGGAAGUUGGGCAUUCAUUCAUAAAUUAUGCAUUAAUCAGUUGUAUAAUAAAAGUGACAAGAGGGCCACUGGAAUUGCUUUGAUUGUUACACAUGGUUGCUUAUUAUUGAUAGAUUUUUAUCUAUGGUUUCUAAUUGUCACUCGAGGACCAGGCAUUCAACCAAUAGUUCCUACAUUUGAAAUUAUUGAAGAUAGUAAUGAAGAGACUAAUAAAGACGUAAUAAGGCCUCCGAGUAUCUUUGAAUGUAAUGUUCAAGGGUAUCCGAUAUGGUGUCCGUAUUGUGGUUCAGUUAAAGCAUUUAGAUCACAUCAUUCGAGAUCAACUGGUUCAUGUGUCCCUAAAUUUGAUCAUUAUUGUUCUUGGUUAGGCUCAGUAAUUGGACAAGAUAAUUAUAAAAUGUUUCUUCAAUUUUUGAUAUAUAUUAGUAUCACAUUUGGUAUUAUGUGGAUAUCUACGAUAAUAUGUUAUUUAAAAAAUUUUCAAGAACGUAACCAUGAUGGUAAUUUGAUAGUGAUUGUCAUCCUUGCAGGUUUAGGUUUUUUCUUCACUACUGGUUUACUGGGAUCCCAUAUUUAUUACAUUGUGGCAAGUAAUUUGAGAUCUAUUGAUAUAAUAGCCUUGAAGAGUCAAACAAUGAGAGAUAAAAUCGUUUUUAUUUCUAUUUGGGAUGAACAGACGAAAAAACGAUAUGUAGUCGAGAUCACACGAGAACAGUAUUGUCAAUUCUGGGAUAUGGGUUCUGUAUACGGCAACCUGAAGGACGUAUUUGGAUCGAAUAUAUGGACUUGGCUAAUACCAAGUAUAAUAUUUACCAAACAUAGACGUGGAUCUCAAACUCAAGACAUUGAAGGGUUAGAAAAUAUACUGGAUCAGUAUAAUGUUACAGUUAAUGACAUGUCGAUUGAAAGGAUAAAGGAUAAGAUAAGACGUGGAGAGUACGUUUGUAUAAUGGAUGCAUUUGGGGAUUAUGAUAGAAAAUCCGUAUAA